UCUCCUUCUCACUCACUUCUUAGAUAUUACUAUUUCAUCAUCUCACUCUCUCUCUCUCUCUCUCUCUCUCUCUCUCUCUCUCUCUGCAAAUCGACUCCAUUGUUGCAUCGGUUAAAGCUCUCUUCUUCUUCGCCGACGGCCGGCCUCUCUACAGCCACACAUUGUCUUCUCUCUCCUCCGCUGCUGUGCUCAACUGGGCAAUGGUAGAGCCGACAGUCAGGUCUCGAGCUCGAGUCAAUCAGCUGAAUCCGAGUUCUUGAACUAGGAUGGAGCUAGCUAAGGCUUUCGAUUCUCGCGCACAUUGAUCAUUCCUCAUCUUAAUAUCGGUGCUCUGUAGCUCAAGCUCCAUAGUUGUGGUCGUAAAAGAUUGAAGAUUUGAGUCCACUGGGUCGGCUUUGCUGAUCAAGAAAAUCUCGUCUUAGAUUCAUUGGAAUACGUUUUCCUCCAUGGACUCGAUUCAGCAACAACAGAGAAGGGGAGGAGGCUUAGUUUCUCUAUCGCCAUCGCAGACUCCACGAUCCAGCGAUAAGUCUGCCCGAGAUCUGCGAUCCGAAUCCAAUUUGAGCGGCAAGCAUGAUAAAGAUAAGGGCGUGAAUGUUCAGGUCCUUGUCCGUUGCAGGCCAUUGAACGAGGACGAGCAGCGGGCACGCACCCCUGUGGUGAUUUCGUGCAAUGAGGGUAGAAGAGAAGUGUGUGCUGUUCAGAAUAUAGCUAACAAGCAGAUUGAUAGAACUUUCAUGUUCGACAAGGUCUUUGGUCCAACAUCCCAGCAGAAGGACCUGUAUGAUCAGGCAGUACAUCCAAUUGUAAAUGAAGUACUCGAAGGCUACAACUGCACAAUUUUUGCAUACGGUCAGACAGGAACAGGAAAGACAUAUACAAUGGAAGGGGGUGCCAGAAAAAAGAAUGGAGAAUUCCCCAAUGAUGCAGGGGUUAUUCCUAGAGCCGUUCGACAAAUUUUCAAUAUCCUGGAAGCUCAAAGUGCCGAGUACAGCAUGAAAGUAACAUUUCUAGAGCUAUACAACGAGGAGAUAACUGACCUUUUGGCCCCAGAAGAAUGUUCAAAAUUCAUUGAUGACAAAUCCAAGAAGCCCAUUGCUCUUAUGGAAGAUGGGAAGGGUGGGGUUUUUGUUAGAGGAUUGGAGGAAGAGAUAGUGACUACGGCAAAUGAGAUAUAUAAGAUCUUGGAAAAAGGUUCUGCAAAGCGACGUACAGCUGAGACUCUUCUUAACAAGCAAAGUAGCCGCUCACACUCGAUAUUUUCAAUUACAAUCCACAUUAAGGAGUGCACUCCUGAGGGGGAGGAGAUGAUUAAAUGUGGGAAGCUGAAUCUUGUUGACCUUGCUGGCUCAGAGAAUAUUUCAAGGUCCGGUGCUAGAGAGGGCAGAGCAAGGGAAGCUGGAGAAAUAAACAAGAGCUUACUCACCCUUGGUCGUGUAAUUAAUGCACUUGUGGAGCACUCAGGUCAUGUUCCAUACAGGGAUAGCAAACUCACAAGGUUGUUGAGGGAUUCUUUGGGAGGGAAAACAAAGACAUGCAUCAUUGCCACUAUAUCUCCUUCCAUCUUCUGCUUGGAAGAGACACUCAGUACUCUUGAUUAUGCGCAUCGUGCCAAAAACAUUAAGAAUAAACCAGAGAUUAAUCAGAAGAUGAUGAAAUCAGCAAUGAUCAAAGAUUUGUACUCUGAAAUUGACAGGCUUAAGCAAGAGGUGUAUGCUGCAAGAGAGAAGAAUGGAAUUUACAUUCCACGGGAUCGUUACCUUCAGGAAGAAGAGGAAAAGAAGGCUAUGGCUGAAAAGAUGGAGCGAAUGGAACUUGAAUCAGAGUCUAAGGAUAAGCAAAUAAUGGAACUUCAGGAGCUCUACAAUUCUCAGCUACAAAUGACCACAGAAUUAAGUGAUAAACUUGAAAAAACUGAGCAAAAGCUUGAAGAGACUGAGCAUUCGCUGUUAGACCUCGAAGAAAAGCACAGGCAGGCAAAUGCCACAAUUAAAGAAAAGGAAUUCCUUAUCUCGAAUCUCCUCAAAUCUGAAAAAGCACUUGUUGAGCGGGCAUUGGAUUUACGAGCAGAGCUAGAGGAUGCUGCUUCGGACGUGUCUGGUUUAUUUGCCAAAAUUGAACGCAAGGACAAAAUUGAGGACAGAAACAGGAUAGUAAUCCAGAACUUUCAGUUGCAGUUAACACAGCAGCUAGAGUUAUUGCAUAAGACAGUUGCAGCUUCUGUGACCCAUCAAGAGCACCAAAUAAAGGACAUGGAAGAAGAUAUGCAAUCCUUCGUCUCAACAAAGACUGAGGCUACUGAGGAACUGCGAGUACGGCUUGGACAACUGAGAACCAUGUACGAUUCCGGUGUGAAAGCAUUGGACAACAUCACAUUGGAGCUAGAUGGCAACUCUCAAUCAGCUUUUACUGACAUCAAUUCUGAAGUUUCUAAGAAUUGUUCUUCCAUGGAAGAUCUUUUCAGUCGGAUUGCUUUAGAAGCUGAUAAGCUACUGAAUGAUCUUCAGAGCAGUCUUCACAAGCAAGAGGAGAAGCUAACUGCAUAUGCUCAGCAACAGCGUGAAGCACAUGCCAGAGCAGUGGAUACUGCACGGUCAGUCUCCAAAAUAACAGUGAACUUCUUUAAGACUCUAGACAUGCAUGCAGCCAAUCUGAGCCAGAUCAUGGAAGAAGCACAUACAGUAAAUGACCAGAAAUUGUCUGAACUUGAGAAGAAGUUUGAGGAAUGCUCUGCCAACGAAGAAAGACAAUUGCUGGAAAAGGUGGCAGAGCUCCUCGCGAGUUCAAACAAGAGGAAGAAAGAACUGGUUCAAUCUGCGGUAUUCGAUCUCCGAGAGAGUGCAAGCAGCAGAACCAGUAAAUUACAGCAAGAAAUGUCAACUAUGCAAGUUUCCACUUCCUCGGUUAAGGCUGAAUGGACAGCACACAUGAAAAAGACAGAAUCCCAAUACAUUGAGGACACUGCUGCUGUGGAAAUUGGAAAGAAAGACUUGGAAGAGGUUUUAGAAAAUUGUUUGAAGAAAGCAAAACUUGGAGUAGAACAGUGGAAGAAUGCACAAGAGUCUGUGAUUGGUCUAGAGAAAUCCAAUGUUGCUUCUGUGGAUUAUAUGGUUCGAAAAGGAAUGGAAGCAAACCAAAACCUGCGCUCUCAGUUCUGUUCUGCCUUGUCUUCUGCGCUUGAAGAUGUAGACACUGCAAAUAAGGACCUAAUAUCAUCCAUCGACAACUCGUUAAAGCUUGAUCAUGAUGCAUGCCGGAACCUCAGUUCCAUGACUGUUCCCUGUCACGAGGACCUGAGGGAGUUGAAGGGUGGCCAUUACCACCAAAUUGUGGACAUCACAGAAAAUGCAGGAAAAUGUCUUCUCAAUGAAUAUGCAGUGGACGAACCCUCUUGUUCCACACCACGGAGGAGAUCGUUCAAUCUACCAAGCAUUGCCUCCAUUGAAGAGCUCAGAACUCCUGCUUUUGAGGAACUGCUCAAGUCGUUCUGGGACCUCAGACUAUUGAAGCUCGCAAACGGAGACAUAAAGCAUGUUAAUGGGUCAUACGAUGCUGCCGCUGCCCAGUCAGGGAGAGACCCGAGGGUCCCGCUCACCGCCAUUAACUAAAUGGAAUGGAGCAGAGAAGCGGAGGAAAAACUAAGAUCCAUUUGUACAUAUAUGAUGAUCCGUUAUUAAAAGGAUGUUUGUUGUCCUUGUUGCCGACCUUCUUCUUGUUCAUUGAUUGAGCUAUGGCAUGGUAGAAUAUACAUUACUUAUAAGAGAGAGAGAGAUGAAGUAUUCUUUGGCAAAAAAAAAGAGUCUUACAGGACAAUUCCUAGCCAGGAAUUUGAUCUUCUUCUUGUAGUUUUUCGUACCUGGGGUUUUUCGAGUGUAUGUAUUUGAAAUCGAUCAAUUAGUUGGUUUCAGCAUUCCUAAACUGA